AUGAAGUUACUGUCCACCAUCCCUCUCCUCCUUGCCGGGAUCGUGAGGGUUCACGGUCAGGGUUUCGAAGACAUUCCCAGUUGCACCAUCCCCUGCUUCACCCGCGCCGUCGCCGAUACCUCGUGCUCCCUCUUCGACUUCUACUGUCAAUGCACAAGCGGGGCGAAAGAGAUCCAGAACGUCGCGAUUCCGUGCAUUUGCCACAACUCGACGUGCAGCAAGCCGGAGAUGAUGCAGCUCGAGAAGGCGUCCAACAAUCUUUGCAGCUCGGCGCUUUCGGCGAGCAGCCAAACAUACGUCGGCAAGACUUAUCCGGCCACCAUUUGUCAAGCUCUCGCGACCGGCUCCAGCAAGACUGGCAGCACUGCGAGCGCUACAGAGUCGACUGCGACCAGCUCGUCAGCAACGAGCAAAAGUGCUGCCACGCCGACGAAUGCCGCAAUGCCGGGUGCGAUGCUCGGAAUGGCGGGAUUGGCGAUGCUCGCGCUGUGA